AUGGCUGAAGCAACAAAGCAAGCUCUAGGUCCGGCCCCGAAGCUCAUCCCGAUCUAUUGCACCGCGGAGAUUCCACCAACCCUCAUCGACACCCUCAUCAUACGUACUUAUAUGUAUGCCCCACCAAAACUUUACCUCGUCGACGACGCUCGUCGACCCACAGACGCUUUCGACACCUGUACCUUCGCCAAGCCACCAACCGCCCCCUUCACCUCCCCCUUCCUUAACCAUACUCUUGCGCAACUCAAGGAACAUUUCUUGUCCUUGCCCGACGACAGCCGUUUCUUCAGCGCCUACACCUUCAUUGUCCUCGACGAGCGGAGCAUUCGGGAUGAGACCUGUCUGCUCGUGUCGACUAUUCCAGAAUACGAGAGCAACGAGGAUUUGAGUAUUGCGCGAUCCGAUUUCUACGUUGCUGCCCAGACCUUGAUCCCCGUGGAGAUGCGUACUCAUCGGCUCACCGAAGGUUUAAAGCCUACACCCGGAGAGCCUGACGGAAAGGUUCUCUUCACAGAAGAGAGCAUAGUCGAGGAGAUGGGCGAGGACUGGAAGAUCAAGGAUUCGGUGCCGAGAAUUGGUCUUAAUGGACAGCCGAGGGAAUGGCCUGCGAGAGUUGAGGAUUUGUAA